AUAGUCAAAUUAUUUAUGUUUUUUUAUUUUAAUAUUAUAAGAACCCCCUUCCAGUUACAGUUGUGAUUUUUAACAUACCAUACGUUAAAAUGCGAAGUAUUAUUUUAAUUAUUAUUUAUCCGUUUUUAUUUUUAUUGUAUUAGUCUUUCAUUUUAAAAUUGCAUUUCAAUAUUAUAAGGACCCCUUCCAAUAUUUCUUGGCCAUAUUUCUUUAAACCACGUAGUUUUGUCAUUUGUUGUUGUUAUUCACAUUUUGUAUCAGUACAUUAUUAGUGAUUCGUGUCCUGGAAGGUCUACUUUGUCAUGCUCUGAAGAUGUCCCUUGCCAGGCUAGGCACCAAUUCGAAUGGGAUUUUGGAGGACACCUCUAACGGCACUAUCCCGAUCAGCACGCUCCGGAUGCUGGACUGGGGCGAGUCUGGCGGCCGGGUGCUGCGGAGCUUGGAUAUUGGCACAGUCAUGACUCUUUUCUAUCAGAAGAAGUCCCAGAGACCCGAGAGAAGAACUUUCCAGGUUAAACAAGAAACCAGACAGAUCAUAUGGAGCCGCAACCGUGACAAAAUAGAAGGAGAAAUCGAUAUCCGGGAGAUCAAGGAGAUCCGGCUGGGGAAGUCCUCUCGUGAUUUCGAUCGGUACCCGGAAGAGGUGAGGAAGCUGGACUCCUCUCAGUGCUUCAUCAUCCUGUACGGCAUGGAGUUCCGGCUCAAGACUCUCAGCGUGGCCGCCUUUAGUGAGGAGGAGGUGACCCUGUGGAUUACUGGCUUGACCUGGCUGGUAAUGGACUCACAGAAGGCUUCUGCACCUUAUCAGAUCAACAGGUGGCUCCGGAAACAGUUUGACUCCAUGGACAGGAACCGAGAAGGCAGCAUCUCAGUGAAGGAUUUGAAAGCCAUGCUGCCCCAGGCAAACUACAGAGUACCCAACAUGAGAUUCCUCAGAGACAAACUGUUGUGUCUCGUUCCUUCUCCCCAGGAGGUAGAAGCUCGCUCUGAACUGUCUUUCACACACUUCACUCAGCUCUACAAGAACCUCAUGUUCGACGCCCAGAAAUCAAUCAUUGACCAGCUCGAGCUGUCCUUCCCUCUCAGGAACGUGGAUCGUCCGGAGCUCUGUCAGAUAACCCUGUACGACUUCCAGAAGUUCCUCCAGUUAGAUCAGAAGGAAGGCUGGGCGAGCGAUCUCAACAAGGUGAGAGAGUUCAUGUGCAGCUACCAGAAAGAGUCUCAGAGACACACUGAACCCACACUGCAGCUGGAUGAGUUCCUGACGUUCCUGCUGUCGAAGGAGAAUAUGAUCGUGGAGCGAGGCGGCGGGCAGGUCCGCCCUGAGGAGAUGAAGCACCCGCUGUCACAGUACUGGAUCAGCUCCUCUCAUAACACGUACCUGACUGGUGACCAGUUCUCCAGUGAGUCAUCACUGGAAGCCUAUGCUCGCUGUCUCCGAAUGGGCUGCCGCUGCAUCGAGCUGGAUUGCUGGGAUGGGCCAGACGACCUGCCCAUCAUCUACCACGGACACACUCUGACAUCCAAAAUCAAGUUCCUGGAUGUACUGUACACCAUCAAAGAGCAGGCCUUUGUUACCUCUGAGUUUCCUGUCAUCCUGUCCAUCGAGGACCACUGCAGCGUGGUCCAGCAGAGGAACAUGGCCUCGCUCUUCAAGAAGGUCUUUGGAGACAUGCUGCUCACCAAGCCAGUGGACAUCAAUGCAGAUGAGCUCCCCACCCCAUACCAGCUCCGCAGGAAGAUAAUCAUCAAGCACAAGAAGCUGGUGGAAGGGAACAUGUACGAGGAGGUGUCUUCAGCCAGCUACUCUGAGAACGACAUCAGCAACUCCAUCAAGAACGGAAUCCUGUACCUGGAGGACCCCAUCGAUCAUAACUGGAGCCCUCACUACUUUGUGCUGACCAGCAAUAAGAUCUAUUACUCUGAGGAGACGUCAUGCUACCAGAGCACGGACGAGGAGGAGGAAGAGGAGCACAAGGAGGAGUCCAAUAACAACGAGCUGCACUUCAAUGAGAAGUGGUUUCAUGGGAAGCUGGGUGGAGGUCGCGACGGGAGGCAGAUCGCAGAGAAGCUUCUCCAUGAGUACUGCGGGGAGAGUGGGGGCAAGGAUGGCACAUUCCUGGUGAGGGAGAGUGAGACCUUCGUGGGAGACUUUACCCUGUCCUUCUGGAGGUCUAGCCGAGUCCAGCACUGCCGGAUACACUCGCGACAGGAGGCCGGUGUCACGAAGUUCUACCUGACAGAUAACCUGGUCUUCGACAGCCUCUACAGCCUGAUCUGCCACUACCGCGAGGUGCCCUUGCGUUGCAAUGAGUUUGAGAUGAGACUGAGCGACCCUGUGCCCCAGCCCAAUGCACACGAGAGCAAGGAGUGGUUCCACGCGAACUUGUCCCGCUUGCAGGCCGAGCACAUGCUGAUGAGGGUCCCACGUGACGGAGCCUUCCUGGUGCGCAAGCGGAGCGAGCCCAACUCCUUCGCAAUCUCCUUCAGGGCGGAGGGGAAGAUAAAGCACUGUCGGAUCCAGCAGGAGGGUCGUCUCUUCAUGCUGGGCAGCUCAGCUGAGUUUGAGAGUCUGCUGGACCUGAUCAGCUACUACGAGAAGCACCCGCUGUACCGCAAGAUGAGACUGCGCUACCCAAUCAACGAGGAGACGCUGGAGAAGAUGGGCACCACGGAGCUGGACUAUGGAGCACUGUACGAAAUGCGGACUCCUCACUUCUACGUGGAAGCGAACAAGAUGCCUACAGCCAGGUGCACAGUGAAGGCUCUGUAUGACUAUCGAGCCCAGAGGGAGGACGAACUCUCCUUCCCAAAGCAAGCCAUCAUUCUCAACGUGGACAAGCAGGAGGGGGGCUGGUGGCGUGGUGACUACGGGGGUAAGAAGCAGCUGUGGUUCCCAGCCAAUUAUGUGGAGGAGAUCCCCACCUCCCGUGCACAGGGGCAGGACGAGGCAUCCGUCGAGAACAGCCCCCUGGGAAACUUCCUCAAGGGCUUUAUUGAUGUGCCGACCUGCCACGUAGUGGUUCACAAGGAUGGGAAGAGCUCCCGGCCCUUCGUCUUCACCCUGCAUUCCCAGUCUCAUCCUGUCCAGAUGCUGGACGUGGCCGCUGACACUCUGGAGGACCUCAACGACUGGGUCGCCAAGAUAAGAGAGGCUACACAGAAUGCCGAUGCCAGGAUGCAGGAAGGGAAGCAGAUGGAGCGCAGGAAGAAGAUUGCCCUGGAGCUCUCAGAGCUGGUGGUGUACUGCCGGCCCGUGCCCUUCGACGAGGACAAGAUCGGCACAGACAAGGCUUAUUACCGUGACAUGUCCUCGUUUCCUGAGACCAAGGCUGAAAAGUAUGCUAACCGCAGCAAGGGCAAGAAGUUCCUGCAGUACAACCGAAGGCAGCUCUCUCGUAUCUACCCCAAGGGCCAGCGCCUCGACUCCUCCAACUACGACCCCCUGCCCAUGUGGCUGUGCGGGAGCCAGCUGGUCGCCCUCAACUUCCAGACCCCAGACAAGCCAAUGCAGCUGAACCAGGCCCUGUUCACACUGGGGGGGCAGAGUGGCUAUGUGCUGCAGCCUGACAUCCUGAGAGAGGACAGCUUCGACCCCUUCGACAAGAGCAGCCUCAAACCGGUGGAGCCCAUCACUGUGCAGCUGCAGAUCCUGGGAGCGCGGCACCUCCCCAAGAACGGCCGCAGCAUCGUUUGCCCCUUCGUGGAGGUGGAGGUGUGCGGAGCUGAGUACGACAGCAGCAAGUGCAAGACUGACGUCGUGGCGGAUAAUGGUUUGAAUCCAGUCUGGUUGCACAAGCCAUUUGUGUUGGACAUCAACAACCCUGACUUCUGCUUCCUGCGCUUCGUAGUGUAUGAGGAGGACAUGUUCAGCGACCCCAACUUCCUGGCGCAGGCUGUGUUUCCCGUCAAGGAGCUCAAGACUGGGUAUCGCUCAGUCCCUCUGAAGAACAGCUACAGUGAAGAUCUGGAACUGGCCUCCCUGCUGGUGCACAUCGAGAUUGUCAAUGCCAAGGAGGAGGACGAUGAGAACCUGUACUCCUCGAUCCAGCAGCUCCGGGAUCGCACCAGUGAGCUGUCCACCCAGGUGUCCUCCUUCGAGAGGAGCAACGCCUGUGACCAGCGAUACCAGCAGCGUGUGGACGAGCUCCGAGCGGCACAGGAACAGCUCACUGAGCUCACAGAGACUCGCACCCGCAGGCUGAUGGAGAAGAAGAGGCGGGAGAAACUACGGCAGCAGAUGGCGACAAAACGCAGCUAAGCAAACCAGCGGGGGAGCUGGCGAGACAGAGGAUACAGCCAGGGCCGUUUCCAUGGAUAUGCUGUGUGGCAGGAGUUGAGGUCUCCUGGGCAAUCCUUGCACAUGCAUCUCCUGCAUGAAGCAAAAAAAACAAAGAAAGAGACAGACUCCAGUGUUGAAGGAAGGAAUUUCAAAUCAUGCAGCUUUCUGUGCCUUUACAUGUCUUUCCUCUCUUUAUAAUAAUGUGUUUAUUUCCCCCAGGUUGCAGGGAGUAAAAUAGGUCAGGUCAAUGUAGUGUGUACUCAUAUUCCUCUUGUAAACUUUUCUCAUGGUAAAAACAUAGCAAAGUGCAAGAAAGCACAGCGAAAGCAUAAGCAAGCAUUGCAAAGCAAAGAGAGGUAUGGUAAAGCAUAUUAAAAGACAUGGCCAACCAUGGGAAAUAGUGUAACAGUUGGAAAAGCACUGGAAAACUGCAAAAUUACAGUGAACAUUUAUUGUAGUAAACUUUUAUAAGGGUAGCUUAAGCACAUAUCUACAGUAAGGGGAGCAUUAGCACAGCCUGGCAAUAUACAGGGUGAUUCAUAAUUGGUGCUACAUUGUUGUUUUGCAUUGUUUUCAAUUCUAGUUAUAUGUUGACAUUGUGGUAGCCAUACAGUGUGUCACAGAGCAUCUGUCACACAUUUUUUCCUUUGCAUUUUAUCCCCCACGUACCGUCCAGUUUUUCCAAUGCACCUAAUGUGUGAAUUAUGAAUCACCCUGUGCUAUGAAAGACCAGUCACUAAAAUAGUAUGGACCUGUUUCUGGUCUGGAGUUUUGCCAGUGGGGUUUUUCCUUAAGUCUAAUAUAAGCAACGUUUAAAAAUUCCACAGUCACUGCUGCUGGUGCAGUACAGUUCAGGGCUGUCAAAUUAUAGCAUUGCUAUCCUUUCAGUUUCCAAACAACAAAAAUAAACAAAAAACUAAAAUAAGCAAAAUGUCAUUCUUAGCUUUCUCAGUACAUUGUUAUUUGGUACUUCUUUAAAAGACUUGUGUAUGUUAUUCCCUAUUUAAAAGACUGAUUUAUAGUAAAAACAUAGCGAUGUAUAAUACAGCAUAGUGCAAGCAUGGGAAAGCCUAGAGAGGUAUGAUAAAGCAUAUUCAAAGAAAUGGCCCCAACUAUGGUAAAUGCACAGUACAAACAAGGGGAAAGCAUGGAGAUAAACUGCAGAAACUUUUAGAAGGGUAGCUCAGCAUAUGUAACUAAAAGUUCUCCAAUUCUCUCAAUUAGCAGUGGUGAGUCUCCCCACACAAGGCCAGGAAGAACCUCAGGGCACUCGUUUCUCAGAGACCCCCCCCCCCCCCCCCCCCCCCCCCCCCCCCCCAGUUACUUACAGUCCUCUAUGCAAAACCACUGAAGCGUUUUGUUACACAGCUGCCAUUAAUUGCCUUUAGGGAGCAUUCCUAGUAUCCUAGAUUGUAUGAGAGGCAGAUGGGGAUGCUGCAGGUCUUAGACUGGUGUGGUUAAGGAACACAGUCUUUAUAUCCCAAAAGGAGGCAAGAGAACACCCAAACCAUUAGACCAGAAGAGAUCUCACCCUAGCCUUCAGCUGUAGACCUCCCGGUGGGUUCAAGCCCACUGCACCAGAACGUCACUAUGAAAGCUAAUCCCUGCAUAACCUCCUCAAAAUUACUGUCAUCAUUCAUUUCUGAAUGGACUUCAGUGUUAGUUUUGAGGGUUCUCUCUUCCCUUACUUUGUGUACUUUUUCAGGGUUGUUCACUUGUUAAUUGCACCCCUCAGCUGUGUGGGUUCAGUGUGUGUUUGAGGGGGUUAUUACAAGGGGGUUUGAAUCUCUUACUUGUGGUUUAAGUGCCAACCCCAACCAGAUAGUGGACCUGCACAACUAAUCACCAAAGAGGAGAUGUUUUGAGGACCAACAUUGGGAAUGCCCAGCCCUGGUCUUGUGUUUGGCUUUGUAUCCCUGAUGCACAGGGGAUGAAGGGAUUCCUCAUUUCAAAUCAUAUCAGUAUUAAUAAAGACUAAAGUUAAUCCACA